CUCACCUGUUUCUUUUGACUUUUCUACUAGAAAAUUUUAAAUUACAUAUGUGGAAAAAAUAUAUACACAUGGCUUGCAUUUGUGAUGUUCAUUAUAUUUGUUGGACAGCUCUGUUCUACAAAUCAUCCUGUUUUAUGAGUGUGUUAUUACCAUAAAAUACCUCAAAUCCUUUUGGAAAGCAAGUAAAGUAGUAAAUGCAAAGGAGGUGACAGUAGUGGAUGAAGUGAGAAGGGGAGGUUGACUGGGACAUGUAUUUGUCAGUCUAUUUGUCUUUUGUUUGUGUCAGCUCUCCUCUUCACAGGUGAGUGGUGUUCUCAUGGCUCUGCCCAGUCGAAAAAUUCUCAGCUUUAUUUGAGCUAAUAAAUUGGAAAGGAUCUGAUAAGACAAUUCACACCACAUUGUAAAUGACUGAUAACACUGUGUUCACCCCUCUCAAGGGGUAUUUCCAUUUUAACAGGGAACAAUCCCUGAACCCAAAGGAAUGAAUCCCUAAUGGUGGAGUUUCAGGCAUCAGUGACAGGUGAGUGAGAGUGAGGCAGACUCUGGUCUUAUAUGUAUGUAUGUUUAUAUAUGUAUGACUACAUUCAGGACGUAGCUGAAAGUAGGGUCUUCCGAUGAAAAGAUAAUGGGGCCGACAGACAAGGUGAGCAGAGAAGGUAGCAAAUCCCCAUAUGGGUCAGACUGCAAAGGGCUGUCAGACACCAGAUCCAGUGCAGGCCCUCAGGGGUUUGUUAAGCAAUAGAAUAGCCCAGUUGAUGUCACCAGAGGGUAGCUAUAAAGACAGCCUUCAUGGCAACUACUAUGGAGUAGCAGAAAAGGACUCAGAGUAGGAUUCAGAAGACUAGGAUUGUAGUCCACAGCUGACUCACUGGCUUAACUUUGGGCUGAACCCGGAUUCCCAGGGCCCAUGCUUCCACCUGACAAAUGAUGGCUUGAGUUAUGAACAAACAGGACUAUACGAACACUUCGGUGCAAGAGCCCCCUGUGGACUACUCCUUCCGAAACAUCCACGUGACCCAAGAUCUGUUAAACGAGAAGCCACGGACAGGGCUACGACCACUAAGGCACGCAAAGUCAGGGAAGUCUAUAUCUCAGUCCCUGUGGCUGAACAACAACGUCCUCAAUGACCUCAGAGACUUCAACCAUGUGGUUUCACAGCUUCUGGAGCAUCCAGAGAACCUGGCCUGGAUUGACCUGUCCUUCAACGACCUGACUUCCAUUGACCCUGUCCUGACAACUUUCUUCAACUUGAGUGUGCUCUAUCUCCAUGGCAACAGCAUCCAGCGCCUUGGAGAGGUGAACAAGCUGGCUGUCCUCCCUCGGCUCCGCAGCCUGACACUCCAUGGGAACCCCAUAGAGGAAGAGAAGGGGUAUAGGCAAUACGUGCUGUGCACUCUGCCCCGUAUCACCACGUUCGACUUCAGUGGGGUCACCAAGGCAGACCGUUCAACAGCUGAAGUGUGGAAACGCAUGAACAUCAAACCCCAGAAGGUCUGGAUCAAGCACAAUGCACUGUGAGGUUCCAGGGACCCCAGCAGUCCUGAAGGCCUGGGGAUGCUCAGCUUGGUUUGACAAUAAAUGAUUUGAGCUGUUCAGCA